AAAGGUGCUCUACAAACCGUAUUCACGAACAUGCCUCUUCACCGCUUCUACAUUCCUGCCGGGUUCUAUUCCAAAGAGGAUAAAGCCGCUGUCGUCAGAGCCGUCCAGCAGUGCUAUCCCCACAUACCCAAAUUCUACGUCGUCGUAAUCUUCAUCGAGGUGGAUAAGGAGAACUUCUAUGUCGGAGGGGAAGCCACCGACAACUUUGUCCGCAUAGUUGUGCAUCACAUGGCCACCCAUUUCAGUGAUGAACGCAAGAAAGAGUUCAACGACAGAUACAACAAGGCCUUAGCUCCGUUCAUCAAAGCACGGGGUGCUGACUGGGAAAUACAGGUUGCUGAGAUGGACCGACGCAUGUGGGGGAUAAAUGGUAUCAAUCCCCCACCGCAAAACUCGGAAGCGGAAGCCGUUUGGUACAAAGAGAACAAGCCUUCGGAGUACUAGGUUCUGUUGCGAGAGGAAAAUGAAUAGCUAAUCAUGCGUAACGUACAAACAUACUUCGCGUCUAGACUGUAUUUGAUGUAAUCCGAUUCUUCAUAUUCGAGUUUCUAGCGAUGGUCCUAUUGCAUACGAUCAACAGUUUUGGUAUUCCAUG